CCCUACAUAUGUUACCAGAAUGGAGGGGGGGCGUUCCUCCUGCCCUACACCAUCAUGGCCAUUUUCGGGGGCAUUCCACUCUUUUACAUGGAGCUCGCGCUGGGACAGUACCACCGGAACGGAUGCAUUUCCAUCUGGAGGAAAAUCUGCCCAAUUUUCAAAGGGAUCGGUUAUGCCAUCUGCAUCAUCGCCUUUUACAUCGCCUCCUACUACAACACCAUCAUAGCCUGGGCCCUCUACUACCUCAUCUCCUCCUUCACGGGCCAGCUGCCCUGGACCAGCUGCAAGAACUCAUGGAACACUGGCAACUGCACCAACUACUUCUCCGAGGACAACGUCACCUGGACACUCCAUUCCACAUCUCCUGCUGAAGAGUUUUACACGCGCCAAGUCUUACAGAUCCACCGAUCCAAGGGACUCCAGGACCUGGGGGGCAUCAGCUGGCAGCUGACCCUCUGCAUCCUGCUGAUCUUCACUGUUAUCUACUUCAGUAUCUGGAAGGGUGUCAAAACAUCUGGCAAGGUGGUGUGGGUGACUGCCACCUUCCCGUACAUCAUCCUUUCUGUCCUGCUGGUGAGGGGGGCCACCCUCCCUGGAGCCUGGAGGGGUGUUCUCUUCUACUUGAAACCCAACUGGCAAAAACUGCUGGAGACAGGGGUGUGGGUGGAUGCUGCUGCUCAGAUCUUCUUCUCUCUCGGUCCGGGCUUCGGGGUCCUACCAGCCUUUGCUAGCUACAACAAGUUCAACAACAACUGUUACCAAGACGCCCUUGUGACCAGUGUGGUGAACUGCAUGACGAGCUUCUGUUCGGGGUUUGUCAUCUUCACGGUACUCGGGUACAUGGCUGAGAUGAGGAAUGAAGAUGUGUCUGAGGUGGCCAAAGACGCAGCCCAUGAGAGGCUGAAGAGAGACGCCCUUGUGACCAGUGUGGUGAACUGCAUGACGAGCUUCUGUUCGGGGUUUGUCAUCUUCACGGUACUCGGGUACAUGGCUGAGAUGAGGAAUGAAGAUGUGUCUGAGGUGGCCAAAGACGCAGGUCCCAGCCUCCUCUUCAUCACUUAUGCAGAAGCCAUAGCCAACAUGCCAGCAUCCACGUUCUUUGCCAUCAUCUUCUUCCUGAUGUUAAUCACACUGGGCUUGGACAGCACGUUUGCAGGCUUGGAGGGGGUGAUCACGGCUGUGCUAGAUGAGUUUCCACACAUCUGGGCGAAACGCCGGGAGUGGUUUGUGCUCUUUGUGGUCAUUACCUGCUUCUUUGGAUCCCUGUUCACCCUGACUUUUGGAGGAGCCUACGUGGUGAAGCUGCUGGAGGAGUACGCCACAGGGCCUGCGGUGCUCACCGUCGCACUUAUAGAGGUUGUCGCUGUGUCCUGGUUCUAUGGCAUUACCCAGUUCUGCAGUGAUGUGAAGGAGAUGCUCGGCUUUAGCCCUGGAUGGUUUUGGCGGAUCUGCUGGGGAGCCAUCAGUCCCCUGUUUCUCCUGUUCAUCAUCUGCAGUUUUUUGAUGAGCCCACCACAGCUACAACUUUUCCAAUAUAAUUAUCCCCACUGGAGUGUCAUUCUGGGUUUUUGCAUAGGAACUUCAUCUUUCAUCUGCAUCCCCACGUAUAUAACUUAUCGAUUGAUCAUCACUCCAGGGACACUUAAGGAGCGUAUUAUUAAAAGUAUCACUCCAGAAACGCCGACAGAAAUUCCCUAUGGGGACAUCCGUUUGAAUGCUGUGUAACAUGCCUGCCUGAGGGAAAAGGCUUCCCAAUAACCUUUUCCUCUAGUUCUGAUGGCUCACACCUCGCCUUCUCCCCUUUAAGUGAAAGAGAUUCCAGCUAAGCCUGAAGACGAUGAAAGGGACUUCUUCAAUAGAGACACAGACACAGUCUCAAAAAGACUAUGGUGCCCAGACUCUUGUGGCCUGCAGCUACUUCUUUCCAUGACGUCUCCUACUCAUACCGCCAUGUUAGACUGUGACGCAGCUGAGCUGGCCUGCUUUGGACAUGUGAGGGUGUGUGAAGAUGAUGAAAUCCACCCUAUCAUCAGUUAGGAUUAGGUUUAAAUCAAAUAGUGCAAGUAUUCUGUAUCAUCUCUUGGUAUGAUAGUUGGUAUCUGACAUGUUUGCUUCUAAAGGUUUCACUGUUCAUGAAUGCAUAAACCAUGUAGGAGAAAGCAGGGAUGCUGUCUUGCUAGCCAUAUAUUUUCUAAGUAGUAUAGAAUUCUAUAUCUGGAAUCUACUAGAAUCUUCUAACCUGUGUGCUGCUAUGGAAUCAGGGAAGGAAGAUGUAAGAAGCUUAACUGAAAACUAAUGUGUACAUGUGAGCAUGUGCGUCUGUGUAUGUUGUUUCAGUGUAUUCUUAUCUCUAUUCUAAUACUUUGGGCCCAUUACAAACUAUAUGAAUUUCCUCUAAUUUUUCUUACAUUAACAGAUCCUACCUACUCAA